UAACAAUUUGCCCAAAUGGCGCUGUCAGGGCCGUCGCCGUCGCCUUUGAAGUGCUACCGGAGACUAGAGGUCUUCCCAUUGCCGUCUGCGCCACGAGUGCCCAGCCAUCUUCGCCCAACAGCCAAGAAGCUUCCGCUGAAGAUGAAGCUGCAGCAGCGGCGAGCGAUGGCUCUGACCCACCGGUUCCGGCUCCUCUUCCUUGCCGCCGUCCUGGCCGGGCUCGCCUCCGCCUCCGCCUCCGCGUCGCCCUCCCUGUCUGUGUCUCGCAACGUCUUCCCGGCCAGCGCCGGAUCUACGGGGAGGAGCUUGCUUCAGAACAAGAUAGGCUGUCCUGUGGGCUUCGAGUCCCAGAACUACACAAUCAUCACAAGCAAGUGCAGAGCGCCACUGUAUCCUCCCACGGAAUGCUGUGAUGCUUUCAAGAAAUUUGCAUGCCCAUUUGCCACAUAUCUCAACAACAGGAGCACUGACUGCGCAGAGACAAUGUUAACCUACAUCUACUUCCAUGGCUCGUACCCAGCAGGCCUAUUCUCUGCCCAGUGCCUAAAAGGCAAGCAAGGGGUUUCUUGCGAAGGCAUCCCAGGGAUAGACACCGGCGUGCCAAGUGCCGGGCGACGAGCUCACGGGAUUUCGCGCCCUUUGAUCGCUCUCUUGUGUGGACUAGGAGGAUUGUUGUUCCAUUGGGUGUUGCCUUGCACUUCCCCAUAGAUGGCAUGUUGUCAGUUGGAAGUUGUAAGUAGGAAGUCUCAUGAUUCAUUUGCCUCUUAAAAAUGCACUUGGUUACCAUUUCGCAUACUGAAGAACUACAUGCCAUCUUGACAUUCAACAUUACAUGAUCACAUUCUGUUA